AUGCCAUCCAUCGCUCGACGCGUUUGCUCGCACGACGGCGCAUUGAUCUCGUAUACCGCUCAGAGGUCCGCCGAUGCGCCGUCGUCGUCCAAUCCUCCAACAGUGUUCGUGAACGGAUUGUCAAACGAUUGCUUUCAGCUCAAGGCGUGUGCGAGCGAGCGCGCCAAACGCGUGUGGACCAUCGAGUUCGACUACCGCGGGCACGGCGAAUCAGACGACCCUAAAGAUUUAUCCACGGUGACUGCAUCGUCGUUCGCUCACGACGCGUGGGCGGUCGUGGAUGAUUUCUUUGACACGCUCGGCCACGUGGCGACUAGGACGGCCGUGGAUGUGGUGGCCUAUUCCUAUGGAGUGCGAGUGGCGAUGGAAAUGAUCCGUUUGCGACCGACGCGCGUGCGCUUGGUCGUUGCGGUGUUGGGAUCGCCGGAGCGGAUAUUGGACGGUUUGUUGGGGCGUCGUGGGGCGCUGGUUGUUGGACGCGCAGCGGGCGCUGUCGGAACACAAACCGUGACGAGGAUAAUAUUUUUUGCGUUACGGUUCGCCGCGACGUUUCCGUACGUCACAUGGUCGCUGCUCAGGGUAUUGGGAUAUCUGAAUUCGUCCUAUGGCGCGUUCAAACACUUUUUCGUACACUUGAGACGAUUGCACGCGGAGACGUGGACACGCGUAGUGAUGGACGCCUACGACUCAGGCGCGAUGGAUUUGUGGAGGAAGAAAAAUCGUGCGUGGCGCAUCGGAUGCGUAUGCGGUGAUAGAGACUUUGCGGCGCCGCAGCGAGUGAUGCGUUCGUGGGAGCAAGACGUGGACUAUUACUGGAUGUUGAAAGGAGUGGGGCAUGACGGCCUGUGUUCUCACGGAGAUGAAAUUUUGACACUAAUUCGCGAGUGUUUCGAUCGUGCAGACGAAUAA